CCACGCCUGUGCGGUCUGGUUCGGUCUGGUCUGGUCCAGAUAGACCACACUCAGUGAAGAAUGAAUUGAUAUUUGCCUUAAAACAUUAAUCCUAACAUGCAUGAAUAAUUUUGAUACCCCAAAUCUAAGUACAUAACAAAGAUACAAAGUAAAAGCAUCCCAACUUGCACCAGAACGUCGUAAACAUUAACAUAAUGUCAUAUGGAGACACGAUUAUCUCUACUCUCUAGUUAAAUGUGGCUGUGAAUGAAGGAGUGACGAGAUUCACAAAACUAAGGUUGAGACUUGGGUGUCGUCGUGGAAGUUGGGAGAGUAGUCGAAUGGGCUGCUAACACGUAUUGACAAGUCAGUUGGAUCCACGAUUUGGUCCGGUAAACCGCGGUCUAGACCAGACCAGACAAAGAGAUCAAAACAUAAAAUAAUACAGACCAUGGACCAGACCAGACCAUACUUAACGGUCUAUGGUCCGGACCAAACUGUGUGGUACGGUUUGGACCAUGAUUUUUCUAACUGGUCUAUUUUCCAAGCCCUAUUGCCACCCAACCAUUUUGUCGUGGUUUGAUUGUCAAUUUUAAACUAAAAACGAGGUCAGACUCCUUUAGCGUCGUCUAAUUAGACAACUUAAUUAAGUAGAAUACAGAAUAGAGCAAAAGGUGGCCAAUGAUUCAAAGUAACUCGGGCGUUUUGGUUGUUUCAAACGUAAAACAUCCAAUUCCACUACUUACUAUGGGCCUUUUCUAAUUGCCGGACUUUAUGAAUUGUUGCGAAACCCAGAAACAACUUCUCUCGGGCCAUCGAGCCUAAAAUGUUAGAAGCCCAUUCAUAAGCUAUUUCAUUAAAAGGCCCAUUGAGUUUGCCAAACAUAUUUCGACUAGGCCCGCACAUAAAGAAGCAAAAGCGUGUGUCUUCUUUGGCGUUUGUGGAAAAACCGGUGUUCUGUUUUCUUUGAUUGUAAAUAGAUACGAAUUGAAACGUUAGCAGCGCAAUGGAGACAUCAAGUGUCUGAAGCUGAUUCAGCAUUUCUGCAAUCGAGUCAUUCUAAUAGCGCUACUCAGGGAUCUAGUCCGAAUGGGGGGUUGAGUGUUCCUGCGGCAAAUGGGUUCCAUUUAUGUAGCUACCUUCGAUGGGGCUACUCAUUUGGGUUUGCUGAGCACAUCAGCUUUUGUGAUCAAAGAUAGUUCAGGUUGUCUGCUCUCAGCACAAGCUCGUCAAUGGGAAGGUGUGCAUGAUGCGAUGGUGUUGGAGGCGCUUGCGUUGCGGGACGUUUUGCUUGAAUGUCAGAGAAGGAAUCUUCAUUCAGUUAGUGUGGCUGGGGAUGCAAAGAUAAUAAUUGACAAAUGUUGUGCUCGAGAUUUUCACCAUUCCAAAGUAGGUAUUCUUCUGAAGGAAAUCUGUAGUUUGCUAGAUGAAUUAUCGAAUUACUCGCUUCGGUUCAUAGGUCGUUCUAACAACAGCGAAGCUCAUUCUGUGGCUCGUCAUGCUCUGUUCAUGUCACCCCAUAUGUUAAGGGGUUCGACUUCGUCUCUUGGUUACGAUGUAUGUAGGAAUCCUUUUGGAUCUUCUUCAGACAAUGUAUCCUUUUCUGUCCCCGAUCUUGGGGUACUGAAUGGGAAGAAAAAAAUCAGUGAGGAGAAACUUGUCUUCUACGAGUACAAAGAGCUUUUGAUGGUAUGCAUCAUAGCAAAGCUCCAGAGCAAAUCCAGGGGCGAAGGAUUAAUGAAAUUCAUUAUUACUAAAUACCAGGGAGUUUCAAGAAGAAUGAUACUGAUACUAUUGCUAUCUAGCGGAUUAAUGUGAUAUCAUUGUAUAUGUGUAGACAUUCAGCACCGUAUGAUGCAGAUGAUUAGACAGAGGAAAACAAGAUAAAGUUUUGAUGGAUAAAAAUGUCCAAAAUCAAGAUAAUGUCACAUGCAAUACAUAAUCAACAACCAAAGUGAAUGGUGACUUUGAAGCAAGGACUAAGGAGUAACAACCUCUUGGGAUAUAUCUGAAUUAAUUUGGCUAAUACGAAAAAUUAUAAAGUCAUCAAUGGCCAAAACUAUUCAAGGAGGCCCCAAAUUAAACUCCUGUGUAAGUAGGCUCGAGCGCUCCGGCCUUCUCUUCCGUUCCCCCAUGUCAUUAAUUACACAUGGUCAUCUCUCAAAGUCCCGCCCUCCUCCCCGCGCGCCAGAUAUCAAACGAAGAAGUUUGACUCAAUGCCCUAAUUACACUUAUUAACCGGGUAUCACGAUCUAGGUUGAAACACAACCAAUAAUACUUGUAAAUUAAUCUUGGAAGUGCCUCUUCAUACCCAACAAAAAUCGCUUUGACCCUGGUAAUGACGUCGCUAGCUAGACUUGGGAAGAUGACGAUUUAACAUUAAAUUGCAGACUAUGAACUUUAUGAAUACACCUUUAAUGUAAAAACAUAAAUAAUAUAAUAGAAAAUAAUUAAGGCCCAAAUGUUUCUUCCCCAUCGUUGAUUUGAUUCCUGUCCACAAGCACAGAUGUUCGGUUACGUCAUAUAAUAUAUUGGUUUGGUUAAUUAACUGGGAGAGAUUGAAUCAUCUGUUGGGCCCGGGAUGGCUGUUUGUUGCGUCAUACAUAAUAGUGUCUUGCUCUGAAACAAAAUUGGGCCAUGGCCCAUGGGCCCAUGAGAAAAGCGAGUGGAUGGUGACAGCGCACCAACUACCCAAGUUGCAUCACCUUCGGAGGGAAUUUGGUUGCCACCUACCAAUUUGCUCACUCCAUUGAAAAAAAUAUCGGCCAAGUCAGGUCAGACUGAAAGACAAAACAAAACGUCCCCAAUUUUCCCCGUAAAAAAAAAAAAAAAAACUCGUUACAUCUAAUCGUAAUAAUCAGAUAUAGAGUAUUUUUAUGUUGUGCUAUUAUUUAUGGCUAUAAUUUAUCCAAUAAUUAGCUCGAAGGAGGAGAAUCGAAAUUCAGAGAAAACUAAUAAAAUUACAUUACGUGG